AUGAGCCAGGAGUACUUUUCCGGCACGAGCGGUUCCUCCGCCGGAGAGGGUUCGUCCCGACACCCUCCCCAGGAGGAAUCCUCAGAGAACCCUUUCUUUUCGUCGCCCCCACCCGCAUACAUGACAGUCGGAAAUGGCUCGACUUCGGAGAGCGCCACCGCGUUGAUGGCCUCGUUGAAUCAGGACUCAGGGUACGGCGGUAGUAAUGCCGGUGGAAGUUUGAUGGAUGGACAUGCUGGCAGUGGUUGGAGACCGGAGCUCAUGGUCGACCGGCCGACCCCCCAACAUACGCCAACACUACCAGGAGAAUGGAAUCCGGCUGCGGAGCAUGAACGACAAGUGGUCGCGAGCCAUGUCCACCAACUCCUAUAUAAUUCGAAUCGAACGAAACUCGGGCGCGCCAUCUCCCGGACAAUCGAAACUCUGAAAGAACUCCAAGAUAUGAACCGCCAGUGGCCCGCGCAUUAUCCCUCCGUACAGGCUACCCCCGGCACCAAGACUCCCGAAUCUCCGUCGCAAAGGCCAGGCUUGAACCAGGCCCAAUCGUACCUCAACGAAUCGAACACUUUCCCUGAUAACUUUAGACCUAGUCCGCCGAGGCGCGCGGCAACGUUGUCUACGAGUGAAGAUUUGGCCGAGUCCAGUGCUGCCGCCGAACGUCGCCCUCCGCCGGAGCCGAGAUUGAUGAGCCCCCAGAUCGCGCGGGAGUUUUCGAUUUUGAAGUUGGAUCUCAAGCUGGGUGCCUUGUCACAGGCUGAAUUAGUGCACUCGUUGGAAAAGGCAUCUAUCGCAUCGUUGUUGGAUGGGAAGAUCAGCCAGAGCAUCAAGCAUCUGCUGUCCUUGCGGGACAGAAUCGAGGAUACGUCCAGCAAAGUCCUGAUCACGGGUGAUCUGAACGCCGGCAAGUCGACAUUCUGCAACGCUUUGCUGCGGCGAAAGGUGUUGCCCGAGGAUCAGCAACCCUGCACUAGCAUCUUUUGCGAAGUUCUCGAUGCACGGGAGAAUAGCGGAAUCGAGGAGGUGCAUGCGGUCCACAAAGAUGCCCACUAUAACCGAAACGACGAGAGCACAUAUGAUGUCUAUGCACUGACCGAGCUUGAGAAUAUUGUGGUUGACAACUCCAAGUACAUGCAGUGCAAAGUUUACGUCAAGGACACACGAACAAUCGACGAAUCGUUGCUCAACAACGGAGUGGUGGAUAUCGCGCUUAUCGAUGCUCCCGGGCUGAACUCAGACUCCUUAAAGACCACCGCGGUCUUUGCGCGACAGGAAGAGAUCGAUGUGGUCGUAUUCGUCGUUUCAGCCGCCAACCAUUUUACGCUCUCGGCCAAGGAAUUCAUUCUGAAUGCCGCUCAUGAAAAGGCGUAUAUGUUUAUCGUCGUCAAUGGAUUUGAUCAGAUCCGAGACAAGCAAAGAUGUGAACGCAUGAUCCUGGAGCAGAUUGGCAAGCUCAGCCCUCGCACAUACAAGGAAGCUGCAGAGCUUGUUCACUUUGUAUCGAGUAACGCCAUUCCAGUUGCACCACCUAUGUCUAUUGGGAGCUCGGGCUCCGGUAGCGGUGGCGGAGACGGCCCGGACCCAGAUGGUGACGAUGAUGACGAUCAAGCCGGGGACAAAGGAAAAGGGAAAGGCAAAGAAAAAGAGAAGAUUCAAGAUUUCGAAAACCUUGAGGGCUCUCUGCGACGCUUCGUUCUGGAGAAGCGCUCUCGCUCAAAGUUGGCCCCUGCGAGAACCUACCUUCUCAACUUGCUUGCGGAUAUUAAUUCCUUGGCCUCGGUCAAUCGUGAUGUCGCUGAAUCGGAGCUCAAGCGUGUCACGGAUGAACUGACAGAGCUUGAACCAGCAUAUGAAGAGGGCAAAAAGAAGAAGGUGGAACUGGGAGAUCAGGUGGAGAAGUCCAUCGACGAGUCGUGCGAAGACGUCUACAACCACACUCGCUCCACGUUAGGGAACACCAUUUCUCGCGUCUCUGAGGCUGAUCUGGGCGUCGAGUAUCCCGGCCUGUUCUCAGCAUUCCAGUACGCUGAAGAUCUCAAAGUGGCCAUGCUGGAACAGAUCUCGGCGUCUGUCUUGGAUUGUGAGGACUACGCUCGUGAGAAGACCGUGCAGGGUGUCGGUUUCAUUCAAAAUAUCGGCCUUCUUCAUGUCGGAGAAGAUAAAUUCACCCCCCUUAAUUUCCGUGCUGAUAUGAUGUUCCGCCGAGGUCGUCGCCACACGCUCGCUAGACAGGUCGACACUGAGGUCGAGCUGUGGGAUUUCUUUGACAUUUCUAGCCUGUGGGAACGACAGGAGAAGAUGGCUGGAACUGGAGUGGCAAUGACUGCUUUGACUGUUCUUGGAGGCCGUGCUUUCGGUGGUAUCAGCUGGGUUGAUAGUAUGUUCACCGCCACCAAGGUCCUGGGACCGAACAAUUUGCGACGUCUUCUUCUUCCCGGCAUUGUCGCAGCUGCUGCCCUGACUACCGCCUAUGUCCUGUCUUCGAUUCCUACGACGCUUCCCCCUCGCCUCUCACGUAAACUCGCUGCGAAACUCUUUGAACUGGACUAUGUGCACACCAAUGCCAGCAGGAUUUCGUCCGAGGUUCGUCGCAUUCUGCGCAUACCGGCGACCAACCUCCAGAACAGCCUCGCGCAAGACAUUGAAGACCUUGGAAGACGCAAGCACGAGGUUACGAAGACAAAGCAGGAGAGCGAAACUGCCUGCAAAUACUUCUCCAACCUCUUCCGUGACAGCAGCGAGAACAGACGCUCUGUGGAAAGCAUUGAUCUCGAUGGUCCAUUGCCUGGUGGAUUGGCAGCCUACGAAGCCUGA